AAGGGAAGAAAAAUUACCACUUACAUUUAUGGGAGAUCAAUGUUGAUUUCCUUAUUGAAAAAGUUUACUAAAGGUAGAGACCUUAUAAGACCAGGUGUGACUAGAUUUGCCACGGCUUAUUUAACUCUUGCUUGUCUUCAUGAAUUGAAGGCAUCGUUGUUGACCAUGUUCAGCUCUGAGGAAUGGAAGACAANCAAGUUUGGAACUUCACAAGAGGGAAGAAAAGUAGCACAUGUAGUAUUAGAUAGCCGAUUUUGGAAGAAUGUCUCCACAUGCUUGAAAGCUGCNGCCCCUCUUAUGGUUGUCUUAAGAUUAGUGGACUCAGAUGUAAAACCCGCAAUGGGUUUCAUUUAUGAAGAGAUGGACUGUGCAAAAGAAAAGAUUAGGUCUAACUUUAACAACAUCAAAAAGAGUUAUGAAGAGGUUUGGAGAAUAAUUGAUGCUCGAUGGGAUAAUCAACUUCAUAGGCCUUUGCAUGCAGCUGCCUAUUUUCUAAACCCUCAUUUCCACUAUGAACCUAACUUUAGAUCUGAUGAUGGUGGAGAGGUGAAAGAAGGANUGUAUUUUUGCAUGAGAAGAUUGNUACCAGANAUGGCAGAAAGAAGAAAAAUUAAUUUACAAAUUGUUGAAUUUCAUAAUGCUAGAGGAUUGUUUGGAAUGGAAGAUGCAAAAGAAUGUAGGAAAGAGUUAAAUCCUGGGGAAUGGUGGGACAUGUUUGGUGAUGGAACUCCGGAGUUGAAGCGGUUUGCUAUUCGAAUUCUAAGCUUGACUUGUAGUUCUUCUGGAUGUGAGCGUAACUGGAGUUCAUUUGAAAUGGUAAUUUAAAUUAUUUUUAAUUUAUAAAUUCCUUUAUUAUGUUUAUAUCUUCACUAAAAAUAUUAUAUUUCAUUUUAGGUUCAUACCAAGAGAAGGAAUCGUUUGCAUCAAAAAAAGAUGAAUGAUUUAGUUUAUGUGAUGUAUAACUCCAAGCUGAAAAGUAGACAAAUUCGAAAAUCUAUAGCUCUUCCAUUUGAUGACAUAGAAUCAGAUGAUGAAUGGAUAGCUGAAGAGACAGAUGAUGUUGUUGAGAUUGAUCAAGUUGAAGGUGAAAAUGAUAGUGAAAAUGUUUACUUAGAUGGAGCAACAACAGAUCCUGUUCUAGAUGCUCUUGAUCUUGAUAACAUAACAUUUGGGAACAAUGAGGAUGCACAACAUUCAUCAGAGGAAGAGUUAG